AGCACCCAGGCGCUAGACGACUUUCUACCGGCAUCAUCCAGCGAGCCAGCCAGCCAGCGACGACACACGCGCACCUGUGGCGCGUACAGAAACUCAAUCAAGGACAGCAACCUCUGCGUCCUCUUGCCAUAGCGAAACCCGGCGCGACUCUCACAGGAGUAUCGACUCCUUCUCGACCAGGUCUAGACGCGUGUGGCCCAGCCCCAUCCAUCGCGGCGCUGGCCUUCCUCCAUCAUGGACCCAACGCUCGAGUCCACACUCCAACACGUUCUAGACCCUGCGCUCCAAGCUGAAACCGGACUCGCAACCCCAUCGGCGACGGAUCCACUCCCGCCUCACUCCCUCAUCGACAACAAUGUCGAGGCUUCACAAUCGACCCCAACGCCCACGGGGAGGCAGCGAAGGAAGGCGGCGGGGGCUUCCCCUGUCGACUCGCGCCGACGCGAAGCCAACCGCUUAGCCGCUGAGCGCUCCCGAGGUCGGCAACAGGAGAAGAUCAUCGCCCUCGAGAUGGCCAUCCAGGCCCUCGGCGACGAAAACCUCCGCCUACGAGAAGACAUCCAGCGGCUAGAGGGGAGAGCAGCGGACGACCCAUCGUCGGCUGGAGACCAGAGCAUGGCCAUCCAUGAGCAGACGGCAGCGGCUGUCGCGGCUGCAGCGGUGGAGGCCGCGAACGCGGUUUCAAUGGCCGACGCCGUCGAUGCCCAGCAAGACACCAACUCAAGAACGAUUCUGGCAGCUCUUAUGUCUUCGGCAGGCGUUGCCACACUAGACGAGGCGCUGGCUGCCGGGCUCGACGGUGAUGCGGAGAACGAUGCCGCCAACUGGAUGCAGGGCGUGGAGAGCCUGUUCAAGGAGGCUGAGGCGAGUGGGAGACUCGGCGAGCUGGCGGCCGUUGCCGCUGGCCAAGGUGGCGAUGGCAGUGCGAACGACGCCUCUGGCCUUGGCGACGUGCUUGGAGGCUCCAGCGGCCGCGACCGUCAGGCGUCGGUGCUGUCGUCGACGACGCCAGCGUCGUCGUCAAUCCUCGCGUCGGCAGCUUCAGCGGUGACAGCAGCCAUCAACUCGGAGAUGGAGAAGCUGCUGCAGCAAGAUAUCGCGCAAACAAAAUCUGCAAUCGCGCGUGUUGAACGCGAGCUUGCCCGACUCCGCGGCCAGCCACUGUAUCUGGAGGACUCAAUAAUCGACGAGCCCGUCAUCCUCAGCCUUCCCGAAGAUCUCCGCGGGGCGAGCGACGAACAGGUGCAAACGCGGACCGCCGAGAUUCAAGCCGAGCAGAGUAAGCUUGAUGGCGAGGCCGCAGUACUCCGAGAGGUGGUGGCGCGUAUGCGUGACGCGCAUUCUCAGGAAGAGCGCAAGCUAUCGAGCCUAGUUGCCGAGCUUCAUGCGCUCGAUGUCGAUGGCAGCACCGAGGGUGAUCGGGAGCAAACAACUACGGCCCUCAAGGCGGUCCGUGCACACAUCACCAACCUGAUGAACGCACCAGAGGGCGGAUACGUUCAUGGUGCCUUGGUGAAUCCAUUCUCGUCACCGGCGACAGCGCGCCGUCGGAGGGGCCGCCCACCCAAGGCCGGCAUCCCGCCGGUCAAGUACACAUACUCGAUGCUGUACCCGACCGCGGGCGAGCCCGACGGGGCCGCCGCCGCAACGGCCGCAGGCGAGGCCUUGCCUGAAGCGCCCAGCGCGCGAGUGACCUCGCGGGGCAAGAGUAGGCUCGCAAACGAAAUUCGACCCUCGUCCCCACCACCUGAAGCAGGCCCAAGCAACGCUGUGGGCACUGUGGCUAGUGGUGUUGGUGUUGACGUUGGGGCCAAUGUUUCCGUCGCUCCACCGACGACCCAUGCUCACGACGACUAUCUCCUGUCUCACUUGACCAAUGCGACUACCGAUGGCCAGGAUGCGCCAAUUCAUCUGGACAGUGCAUCCUUCGCCGCCUUCCUUCCCCAGUCGCCGACAGCCAACCACGCUCAACCGCAGCUAAAUGCUCACGACGCUGUCAUCGAGUCUGUAAUCGCGCAACCCGCCGUGCAGGAAGACGCUGCGGCAAAUCACGGUGGAUCUACGCCGCCGAAUAUCCUGUCACGUCUCAAGCGCGGGCCACCAGGCAGUUGCGACAUUUGCGGAAGGACCCAAACCAGUGUGUGGCGCAAGUUGACAUUGGCCGGCGAAGACCACAAGGUCUGUAACGCGUGCGGUUUGUAUCACGCGAAAUUUGGUAUCAUCAGACCUCCGGAGCUUUGGGGCGACGGCAAGAGCGUCAAGAAGCGCAAAGCGUCUGCACGAGCAUCGCUGCCUGGGGCGUUCGAGUCGCCCAAUGCCAACAAGCGCAAACGCAAGUCUGUGCCGGCCAAGUUUGACUUUCCUGGCGUCGAGGGCGUUGUCACGAGCGAGGACCACACGGUUCAUGACGAGAGCCUGGUGGGACCGCACGAGGAGCACACGCUCGGGGACGUUGGACGGGCCGUCGAAAACAUUUUCGCUGUUGUUCAGCAGCAGCAGGAAGAGGAGCAACAGCAGCAGCAGCAGGCUCAGGCUCAGCAGCAGCAACAGCAGCAGCAGCAAGCCCAAGUGCAGGCUCAGGCGCAGUAA